CUAGGGUGUAUUCCGUUUUCAAUUUAAUACAUGUUAAAUACAAUUUGUGUGUAGCAUAAGAUACAGAACAGGUAAAAAACAAUCCCAAAAUAUCACAUGGUGAAAUUGUCUGAGAGAAAUGCAUAGAUUAUGUUAAAUAAAUUCAGCAUGUUAAAAUGGUCAUUUUACUCACUUAGUCAGGACACAGCUAUUGUGGAUGACAAGGAUAGUUCUGAAUAACUCACCCUCUACAUUCCAGCUCAGAGGGCAAGACCAGAGUAGCAUACUGCAGCUAAAUCUCGUUUUACCACGGAAUUAGGUCAAUCUGCAUUCUGUGUUUUUGCAGCCUGUAUGAAAUUAUCUGUAGAGCGCUCUGCACCUUGAGGCUGUUAUCUCUAGGUAAGUUCAGGUUGUUGAUGGAGGACCUCCGUGUUUAGGAAUGUGACUGCUUUUCUUGAAUUGCUUAACUAUUUUAUGUUUUUAUGCAUUGUAUUUGUAUGAUUUKUGUACAUGCAGGGCUCCCUUGAAAAAGAGGCCUUGGUCUCAAUGGGAUUUCCCUGCUAAAAUAAAGGACAACUCCAGCCGUUGUGUUCUGGCAGUGGGUGAACCAGUCCUUCAACGCUGUGGUCAACUACAGCAACCGCAGUGGAGACGCUGCCCUCACCACCAAUCAGUUGGCUGCAGCGUACACCAGUGCCACCACAGGAGCUGUAGUCACAGCCCUGGGACUCAAGUCUCUAGCCAAGGGAGCUGAAGUACGGCAUUCCAGUGACCGAUGAGGAAGGGAACGGUUAGGAGAGUCAGUCACCGCUGCCAAGUCAGGCAUCAUCCAGGUGGUGGUGUCCAGGAUUGGCAUGGCUGUGCCAGCUAUGGCUAUCCCACCUGUGAUAAUGAACGCCCUGGAGAAGAAAGCCUUUAUGAAGCGCUUCCCAGUCCUAAACGCCCCAGUACAGGUGGGUCUAGUGGGUCUGUGCCUGGUGUUUGAAACUCCUCUGUGCUGUGCCCUCUUCCCACAGAAGAGACAAGGAAGCAACUUUGCAGGACUGAGACGCAACCCUCACUAUCACCUCUCCCAAAUAAAAGAGACAAGGGGAGAAAGCCUCUUCGAAGUAAUGAAACGCAGGCGAGCGUAGUGUGACAGACGGUUAUCUUAUACUGCUACAUUGACAAACAGACUAUGGUUUGAUUUUUUUUUUUUUUGCGUUUAUCCUCCCUGGGGUUGUGGGUGUUUAAUUACUGAAUGUUACUGAAUGACAAAUUCUAUCAAAUCACCCCAAACUAGAUCGCCCCUCGUUUCAAUCCCAGAGAUAUUUUUUCUCCCCAAGGUGUAUUUGUUUUUUCCAUUGUGUUUGAGAUCGUACCCUUUAAGCKGUGUGCACUGAAACCAUUCAUGACUUGGAAUUAGAAAAUAGUUAAAUUGAAUCUGCUAGAUAUCCACUCCCUCAAGUUGGCUCAACUGUAGUCUGUAGUAAAAUACAACAGUUGGUUUAUGAGCACAAUAUAGACUAUUAAAUUCCUUUUUCGGUCUACCAGGGUUUUGUUUAUCAUUGCAAAAYGUAUUGCUUCAGUGUGCCCUAAUGAACAUUAACCAGUUGACUAGCAAAGCUUCCCUCUCUCACCACUGCCCUUGGAAGUGUACUUACACACACACUGUCCUACCAGAUAACCUUAUAAACCCCUCUCAUCCUAGUAACCCUGUCUGUUUUGUUAUGAAGAAAACCUUUAGAGAUGCUAUGACACUGCGUGGGCACUCCUUACUGAGAUUUCAAAAAGCACAUUCCUYGUUGCACUGAUGACAAUGAUAUGCCAGCAGAAAGGUUUAUCUAGGAUAGGAUCUAGGCAUAAUGUUUCCGCCCCAUAUCAUGGUCUUUCGGCAGGUAGCCUAGUGGCUAAGAGCAUUGGGCCAGUAACCGAAAGGUCGCUGGUUCGAAUCCCYGAACUGACUAGGUGAAAAGCUGCCGACGUGUCCUUGAGCAAGUUUCUUAACCCUAAUUGCUCCUAUAAGUCACUCUGGAUGAGUGCUUACUAAAUAACUAAAAUAUAUACUAUAUACUAAUUUGGAUAGUGACUGCAUUUUCAAUGGACCUCAAGAGUUUGAUUGUUGGUGAAAUKUGUGCCUUGCAUUACUAAUGCCUUUGAAGGGGAAUGUACUGUAUUGUGUCUAAAUGUUAAAGUAAUAAGGAUAUUAUUAAUGUUUUGUCCCCCGCUGUCAGUUUGUGACUCUCCUGGUCCCUCUUUAGACUGCUCAUUCUUCUGUUACAAUAGAGAAGGGCAAGAAGAGUUGGCUUGCAGUGCUGCCAUACAGACCUAGACGCAUGGUGGUUCCAAUGUAUGCAAUAAGAGGCAAGGGUACAYAUAUGAAUCCCACUCUGUAUGAUGUCAGGUUUAGAUUAGUUGUGGUGAUAUGUAUACCAAAUAAUAUUGUUUUAAUGUCAUGAAACAAAAGCAAAGUUGUGAGAACCAGGGGUCUGAAACUACUGUCCGACUGACAAAAUGUGCCUCCUAAGCUGAUUUAAUGUGGCCCGUGGUUGUAUUAGGAAAUGCAGCCCGUGGUCAUAAAAUUUGAAACACCUGUCUUAAACCCUUGAGCUAAAAUAAAUCAGSAAUCAAUUAUAGGACAGUUGGAAGUAAUGCUGGGACCUUUAGUUCCCGUGUGUAAAAACUGGGCUUAGUUGGAGCAUCCCUGAUCAAACCUGUAUAUUAAUGUUGUUAAUAUAUCGAUGUUGACAGUGUAGUAGUAAUAUGUCUUUUUAUGCUUGGUCGAGUAGUACCAGACUAUUUCGUAGUGCAAUAUCAACUGAAUUUAACUUUGUGUGGUCGAAAUCGGGUAUGUAAAACGCGUACAUUUUUGUGGGAUAUAGAGGAUAUAUUUAACAAAUAAAUAGCAGAGAUGUAUUAGAUUUUAAACUUCAGGGUGCGGUGCUCCAUUUCUUCACUAGGUGGCAGUUAGACCAACUAUUACACAUUUCCAUUGUGUUUUUGUGUGUCUGAGAGUUGACUUUGAAUGUAGUAGUCAAAACCACCCAUCAGUAUUGGCCCGGUUGAUUUUUAGUAAGGCUCGGUCACCUAGCCUGGUACCAGAUUUGUUUGCUGUCUUKUCAGGCUAUAGAUCACCUUUUCCUCUGUCAAAGUCAGUAUAGAGCUCCACAGUUGAGGUGUCAUAAUACCCAUAAAACCUAGCGGUCAAACRGGGAAAUGGUUCCAAUUGUUUUUUCACCAUUMMAUUUUCUCAUAGGGGAUUUURGAAACAUUUAAAAUAAGGGCUGUGUUUUGUGCAGGCKUAACCUAGCGUGACGUUUUGAUAACCAUGUACAUCUCUCGCACAAGGUGACYUUUAUCAAUCUAUUCAUCUCUAUUUACUCUGAUUCAAAAAUGCUAAUUAGCGUCAAAGUAGACAUCAUGCAAAACUACAAAUACCUGCAAGCUCCUUCACGUCAUC